UAUCACACGCUGAAAUCCGUUAUUAAAAAGCGCUAUGGCUUGGAUGCCACUGCAGUCGGUGACGAAGGUGGUUUCGCACCAAAUAUUCCAGACCCGAAGGAAGCAUUAGACCUCUUGAAGGACGCGAUUCACGAAGCUGGUUACGACGGAAAAGUAAAGAUUGGAAUGGAUGUUGCUGCUUCCGAGUUUUGCAAAGAGCAUGAUGGAAAGAAGGUGUAUGAUUUGGAUUUUAAGAAUCCACAGAGCGACCCGAAGCAAUGGAAAACUGGUCCACAGUUGAUGGAGCUCUACAAGUCUUUCAUACAGAAUUAUCCAGUUGUUUCAAUCGAGGAUUGGUUUGAUCAGGACGACUGGGACAGUUGGUCGACAUUCCUGAAAGAGACUGAUAUUCAGAUUGUUGGGUAA